UUAAUGACAGAGCCUCCCUGGUGACAGAGCUAAGCAGGGCUAGGGGCAUAUAAAAGACAGCUUGCCAGUUGCCAAGCCGUGCAUGCAGACUUGGGCUGUGGUUCCUGAACCUUCUGGCUGUCGAGCCUUUUUCUGAUAUUGCUGACACUGAUCAUUAAAGGGUCCUCGAGAAGCGAUGAACUUCUCCAAACUGUCCGCUGCUCUCCUCAUCCUCUCUGUGGCACUAAACCACGUGAAAGCUACACCCGUCAGAAGCGGAACCAACCACCAGAUGGACAAACGGAAGUGCAACACUGCAACCUGUGCCACACAACGCCUGGCAAACUUUUUGGUCCAUUCCAGCAACAACCUUGGUCCUGUCCUCUCAUCUACCAACGUGGGAUCCAACACAUACGGCAAGAGGAAUACGGCAGAGAUUCCAAACAGGGAAUCUUUGGAUUUCUUACUCCUUUAGAGUCAAUGUGCUUCUUCAUCUCUUGUUACUUUUUGUGUAAAUAUUCUGGUGUAAUUUAACAGUGCCUUUUCCAUUUCCACUGUGAAUGCACAAUGAUGUGUCCCAUGCUUUCUGUCUGUGUGUGUAAGAACUGCUUUAAACUGAAGACUGAUCAAGUUCAGGCUGAACGCAAUAAUGUGGUGAUAUUUCAUUUGUAUUUUAAUAAAUAAAGCUUGCCUAAAGAUCAGAGAGUAAAACAGGCCCACUGGUUAGCCUUACAGACCAAGCAGUGGUGACACAUACCUUUAAUACCAGUAGCUACACUAGUUUGCCAUAGAAACCAGGCAGUAGUGAUGAACGCCUACAAUCCCAGCCUUAGAGAGGAAUAUAAAGUGGGAGGAGACAGCACUCAGUCUGAUUCUGAGAUUCAUGGAGGCAGGAUCGCCACUUUAGAAUGAGGUAGAAGGGGCUUACAGUUUUGUUUUUCUGACCUUCAGGCCAAGCCCCAACAUCAGUCUCUGGGUUUUCAAUAUUUAUGCUACACAGCAUGUUCUUGAAAUACUUAAAACUUCUUUUUCUAACUUGUAACUUUGUGAUUCAAGUUUAACAAUAAAGGAGAUCAUAGAAACAUGAAACUUGACAAGUCAUUAAUGGUUACUAAUAAGACUCUGAUUUUGAACACUGGAAAGACAAAUAUUCUAGGUACCUGUUCAGAUGCCAUUUCAAAAUAAAUUAGCAAAAUUGUUGCAGGAUAUUUGAUCACACUGUGAACCCAAAGCUUGUGUUAUUUAUUGGAAAAACCUGUUUCUAGCUGUGGUGUGGCUCAGCCCUAGCACACAUCUUUAAUUCAAGAGCUUUCUGCUUAUUGUAAACAAGAGUAAAUAAAGUCAACCAUAAGUCAAGAGGUGGAGCAAGCAACCAGUUGAAAUGAAGUGAACAUUAAAAAGCCAUACAGAGUAAGAGGGAAUCAGGAGGAUGGAUUGCGAGAAACGCAAGAAGUAGUAGGGAGGGACAUUUGGUUUGAGGGUUUUGUUGUUUGUUUUGUUUUGUUUUUAGACUAUGUAGGAGAAAGGCCUUAUAUCCUUACAUUCUCGUUCAUUGGUGGGGGAGGAAGGUCAAUCAGGUGCUUGUUCUGCCUUUCUGAGCUAGCAGGCUUUCACCCCCGCAUCUGGCUCCUGAGUCUUUACUAAUAUUGGUAAAAUCAAGUGCUUGAUAUCUAGUCAAAAACAAUACAAAAUCUUGCUCUGAUUUAAUUAAUUUUUUUAAAAUUCUGCUCUUUAGUGUGCUUGCUAUUACCAAAUAUCUGUUUUUAAUGUUAAAGGUGGUUUGUGUCCAUGAGGGGUUCAUUAUAUUUUCUGUUGUGAGUUUUAGUGAUGUCUAUGACUUUGCUUUGUUGAAUAUUUAUUCAACCAUAUUUAUAUCCAGACUAUUUCAAAAGUAUCCUGUCUUCUACUAUUUAUGUCUUCAACUAAAAGACCACAGAUUCUUGGAACUCAUGCUUGUAUGUCAACUUAUUAUCUUGGCUAAGGUGGGGUACUUUCUCUACAAAUGGUAUGACUCUGUAAAUCAAUAUUACAAUCUACAUGCUUUUAUCUGACUAUAAAAUAGAACCACUAGAAAUAAUAUUAAUGUAUUCAAUUGUCUAUAAUACUACCUUAUAUUAUUUUAUUAAGAGGUCUCACAAUGGAGUCAUGAAUAUCAUGGAAUUCAUUAUGUAGACCAUGAUAGCCUCAAACUCAAAGAGAUCUGCCUAC